AUAGCCAAAUCAUGAUAACAGACUCAUAUCAGAACCGAUUUACGACGUCUUAUAUAGUGACUUAAAGAUAUACUUAUAGCAGUAAUAAUAAGACUUGGUUUGUGAAAAUUAUUAAGCCAUAAUUAUAGAAAAAAGUACCAUAAUAUGAAAUAUUUAAUUUAUGGUAAUGAAACAUUUCAGACUCUUUUCAUGGUUCAUUUUGUUUAAAUGAAAUAAUUCGAAAAAAAUUGAAAGUUUGGAUGAUUCGUUAAAAAAAUUUCGUUGUUUAUUUUUUUCGUUUAGUUUUGCUUGACAACUCAAUGUUUUUUAUCUCUUUCCGUACACGCGCCAAAAACAUAUCCGCCGAAUGAAAAUACAAUACAAAUGAGUAUUGUGUUGGGUUUGAAAAUUCCUCAUAAAUUCAUCAGACUGCAAACUGGAAGGUUCUAGUUUUUUGUUUCAAUCGAGUAUUGUGUUCCGAAUGCUGGCUAUUGCAUUGGGCUAUUGCCACAACUUACUGGCGAAGCACUGUAAUUAAAAAGCAGUAAAUAAUAAAAAAUCUUUUAGUUCAAAGAGUUUGUACGUGUUUUCCGUAUCCGUGAGAAGAAACAAUAUCUAACUAUGCCAUUCUCAAUAGUGCAAACCCGUGGGCCUAAAGGGUACGCUGAAUUAAGCAUUGUUCCUGAUUCCUGGGUUCAAGGCACUAGCCAUAAAAAAACAUAUCUGUUUUGGCCAAACGUUAAAGGAAACAUACAACAUCUAAUUACGAAUGAUAAUAGUGUUCCGGAAGAAGGAUGGACGAAACAGGAGUGUCAGAUUAAGCGGCAAGGAUUAUCAUACGAAGCUGCUGAUUGCACUAUAAUGAUCAUGUCCGGCGAAUCAUCUACAGAUUCCGGAAAGGAACCGAUAUUAGCUAGUUGCAGAGAAACAACUUCAUACGCUGAUAUGUUUUCAACAAGAAUUGUGGAAAACUCUUUAACUCCAAUCCGCGUCGAGAAUGAAAUCGACAUCUCCUCACCACCUACGUCGCCUCUUACACCAAGUUUGUCAGAAGUGGAUGAAUAUGUUGGUUCAGUUGAGGUAGUCCCAGAAGAAGUUUCACGUGACAAGACGAUAAAAGAAAUACUAGAAGCCCAAACUAAUAUGAUGAUAGAGCUUCGUAAUGAGCAAAAGCAGAUUUUAAAAGAACAAAAGAAAAUAGUGAGUCGUAUCGGCAUAAUCGAAGUACAAUUAAAUACUUUACUUAAUCAUACCGAAGUAAGUACUACUAAUCUUACUGGUUUUGACCAUCCAUUCGUAGACAAUGCCGAAGAUCUGGAAAAAUUUGAAAAUGAUUUAGAUGAGGAAGAAUAUUAUACCCAAGUAGUAAGCUUAUUGAAACAAAAAAUUAUUGAUAAAGAUAUAAACAACAGAAUGUUAGCAACCCUUGAUGCCCUUUUCGAUAGGAGUUUCUUAACAAAGUGCACAUGGACAGGUAUUUCUAAAUCAGGAACUAAAAUAGCAAUGCAUUCAUUUAAAAAUGUAGUAAAUCUUUUUAAAUGCGUAGGAAGUACUAACCUUGUGCCAGUCACAGAUGAAACGGUGCGAGGUUUCUUCAUGAAUAGAUUAAAACACGCAUUAGAACGAUCUAAGGCCAAAGGUCUACGCAAAUCAACUAGCCGUAAAAGAAAAUUAAUAUAAAUUCUUGCCUACAUUUAAGAAACAUAAAACCUUUCAUUUAUUUGCCUUACUUACUACAUAAAUCUAGCUCUAACAUUUUCUAUUUCAAUACGUGAAAUUAAACUUAGGUUAACGUGUGCAACAAUGGAAUAAACAAAUAUUCAGAACUAUUAUCUACACUAUACGCAACUAAUUUGCAUUUAAUAUCGCCAGGAUGACAAACUAGUUCGUUAGGAUUUAAGCUCUUAAGAUCGCCAAGAAAAAUGUUUAUAAUUCUUGAUGGAAAUGGUGAUAAAAAAUAAUCUGUCUUGUCGGUUAUUUCUUGUCCAAAUAUACUUAUCUUUUUGUUGUUUUGUUCUGAAGACUUUGUGUAUUUGACAAUCUUAUUAUCUUUUGUCAUGUACCAUUCGUUUCCGUUAUCUUUACAAAGUAUAAAAUUUUUCAUUUGCAAGAUGGUAUCCCCAUUUGGUUUGGUUUUGGUUGAUAUGCAAAAUUCUUUAUGAUUCAUAGAACGUAAAUCAUGACUAAAUGCUUCCAAUUCCGAUAGUCUAUUUACUAUUUGUUGAAGAUGCUGAUCUGCUUUGCGAAGAUGUUUUUUUAAACCUCCCAGAGCAUUUUCAAAAUCAUAGGUGGAAAUUGAAGGUAAAGGACCGAACUUUUGUACUUCUUUUGAGAUGUGAAUUAAGUUGUGCACAUUACUGGUUAAAAAUUUCUCUCCGUACAGUUUACCGAAAUCUUCAACAUAAACCUUAAGCAUUUCACCAGCGAUUUUCCAAUUAGAACGAUAAACUUCAGAAGAUAGCAAAACUAUGGCACAAAACAAGAGUUUGAAGUGCUCAUAUUCUUUAUCAGGCAAAUUAUCUUUCAAAAUAUAAAUGCUAAGAUAGUUAAAAAAACUAUGGAAUUGGGUACCUUUCCAAAAUUUGAGGUCUUCUAGUGGACCAAGUUUUCGAUGGAUUUCUUUGGGCAGUUUAACUUUUAUAAUUUUUUUAGAUAUUUCUUCAAUCUGUUUAGCAAACCAUUUAGUUCUAAGACCUAGUUUUCCAUCUCUCCAACCUAAUAGUAAUCUACGCAUUAUCCCCAAAUCGAUUAAAUGAAGAUUGUCACCAACUAUGACAUCAUCAAUAAUAUCGAAAUUCUUCAAGCCUAGAAGAGGCGAUACUUCCCUGUGAUGUUUUCCGUACACCUUACGACGAAAGUUACGAUCCGUUCUCAGUGGUGCAUUUGUAUCCUUAAAAAUGGUACAUCUGCCUUCGUCAUUGAAUUCUCCCUCGCAGGUGCACUUUGCACAUCCCUCCUUUGCAUUGAAAUAUGCAACACCUGAAAAGAAAAAUAGUAUGAGUACUAUAUAUUCGCAUUUGAAUUGAUAUCUUAUAAAGUACAUGAACACACAUGAUUUGCGAGAUGUAGCGUAAAGCCACAGCUUUUAAUCGUUGUGAAGAAUUUUGCCAGGAGGCAGUCUGAUUUUUAAUUUUGGUAAGAAUAAUAGUAGGCCUAGAGCCCUUUGAUCAAGUUACGCUGAAUUAACUUAUCUAACUUAUCUACCUUACUGUUGUGGAUAGACGUGCCGAGCCCUGGAUUUGCCGUAGCAGUUGCGCUGCUGCUGGUCGACAUCCAGGGAUCGACACUGCGCUCACGCACACUACUACGCCACACUUAGCGAUGCGCGCUAAGUGUGUGCAGAGCGCAUCUAACCCAGAAGAGUGAGUGUGUUACAGGCUACCGGUCGAGCAGGGCUCAUGGUGCGGCUCGUGCGCGCGGCCUCAUACUUCAUUGUAUUGUGUUUUGUUAUUAUUUAUUAUUGUACAGGCGGUCCCCGAGAUACACGGUUAAUGGGGACCGAAAACGGCCGCAAAAUACCGCGUAUCUCGAAUUUCCGCGUAAGUCGAAUCUCGUGAUUUCCAGCUAAAAUAUCACAAUUUUUCGUGUAAUUUUGCAAGUAGGGGGCGGUUUUAGUCACUUUAUGAAUUAUUUGAUAUGAUUCUGACUGAAUAUAUCAGUUUUAAACCUUUUGAAAUAGUUUUUAACAUUCGAUCAAAACGGAAAUUAUUUGGCAAUUGGAAAUUGAUGUGUCAAAUCAGUACAAUUUGCGCAAAGAAUUGUCAAAUUUAGAAAACCGCGUAUCUCCGAAUCUGCGUAUAAGAGGUACCGUGUAUCUCGGGGACCGCCUGUAUUCGUUUUAAUAAAUGUGUAGAAGUUUCAAAACAUAAAACUUACACUACUAGUACAAUAUAGAAUAAAAAAAGAAAAAAUAAACACAGGUGGUCCCCGAGAUACACGGUUAAUGGGAACUGAAAACGUCCGAAAAAUACAGCGUAUCUCGAAUUUCCGCGUAAGUCGAAUCCAGUAAUUUUCAGCCCAAAUUUAACUAAUGCUCAUGUAAUUUUGCAAGCAUGGGGUGGUUUUAGCCACUUAGUUAAUUAUUUGAUAAAAUUCUGACUAAAUUUAACAGUUUUAACUCUUUUGAAAUGUUUUGAACAUUCGAUCAAAAGAGAAUUUUUUUGGCCUUUGACAGUAGAUGUGUCAAAUCAGUAAAAUUUGCUCAAAGAAUUGUCAAAUUCAGAAAACCGCGUAUCUCCGAAUCCGCGCAUAAGAGGUACCGUGUAUCUAUAAUUUUAAACAUAAAAAAUUAAAAAAGCACCGUUAGAAGGUGAGAACCGACGCUAUACUUUUAGCUUUUAGCCGUUCUCUUAGGUAAUGGACAGAAAAGCGCUGAAUGCGAUUUUGUCACAUGCGCCAAGAAAUUAGUUUUCUCAAUUUACUACCUGUUUGAGGUACUAAUAUGACUCAUUAUUGUAUCUCUAUAGGGAUAAUCAUUAUAUGAUGUGAUUUAAACCAUUUGAAAUUUGACAAAAUGCAUGCGACGAAGCGGCAAAAUCGCAGCUGCUGUCAUUUAUGUCCAAUCCCAUACUAAAGCUUGCACUACGAGCAACAGCAACGCGCAAAGAAAGGGUGAAGGGUCAUGCCGCCCUGGCAGCAUCGUGAUCGAGAGGGCAAGGGUGCCAUACCGCCCUGGAUGCAGCAUCACUUGCAUCAGCAUCAGCACCAGCAGCAGCGAGCAGCAGCAACGUGUGAAGUAAGGGCGAGGGUCUAUGCCACUAAGCAUCAGCAGCAGAGUGCAGCAGCAAAAACAGCAGGAACGUGUGAAGGAAGGGCGAGGGUCCAUGUCGCCCAGCAUCAACAACAGCAGCAAUAGUGUCACAAUGUCCAAGGAGGGCGAGGUUGCCCUGCUGCAACACUGUGAGUGGAAAGAGGGGCGAGACCACAUGACGUCCCGGUGGCAAUCUUGUUCUAUAGGGGCAAGGGAGGACAUGCCGCCCCGGCUACAGCCCGUUUCAUGAACAGGGACAGGGACUUCAUAAUCACCAUCUCAUCAGCGAGCUUCAACCCGAUGAAGGCACACGCACCAUCACCGCCGCCGCAAGUAAUCGUCGCCAACACGGAUCAAGUGCGAUGGCGAUGGCGGGGCGGAAAAGGGUGCCGGUAGCCGUAAGCUAAGAAAAGCGCCCACACCACAGCAUUCCCAGAUUUCAUCAGCAUCGGCCGGAAGGUGUCACCACACCGGUAUUCCCUCAGUGUAAUAUCCCGUGUCGGUUCGACUCCUCCGGAUAAAUAAAGGGAGAGAUGUUGUGGGCAGCCGUGCGUGCCGACCCUUGGACUUGCCGUGGCAGUUGCGCUGCCACCGGUCAACGUCCACGGGGACGACAGUGUGUACACGCACACUGUCGCACACACUAAGUGUUGUGGGCAGCCGUGCCGACCCCUGGACUUGCCGUGGCAGUUGCGCUGCCACCGGUCAACGUCCAGGGGGACGACAGUGUGUCACGCACACUGUCGCACACACUAAGCAGCGCAAGGCUUAGUGUGUGCCGAGCGCACAGUGAGAGUGUGUUUGCGAGCCGAUCGAGCAGGAGCUCUCGGCAGGGGCGCUCGGUGCGGCUGGUGCGCGACCACCGUAAUUGUACGUUUUAAAGUGUUGUACGUUUUUAUAUUAUUUAUUAUGUAAAGUUUUAAUAUGUGUAAAUAAAAUAAGAAGUACAAAGAGCAGUUCACAACACUAAGUGUUAUGGCCGAACCUGCCUAACGGCUAAGGGCACUCACCGAAGACAGGCAAUGGUCUUCGGGUGAUGUGUGAGUGUAGCAGGUCGGGCCAGAGAGAGAUCCGAGCGGCAAAGUGGAUUAUUAUACUGUAGGCUACCGCAUGGGCAACAAGAGGAAAUAGAGAAAGGCAUAUUCCAUAUAUUCAGAAAGACGAAAGUGUACUGUAUUCGAUAGAAGGGUGGCGAUAUCACAACACUAAGCGUGCAAGGCUUACACAAAUUGCGAAGGAAGUGUGGGGCAAGUUUCUGUAUGAAUAAAAGUAUAAAACACACUGGGAAAUCAUUUUAUAAAUUUCCAAAUCUAAACAAAACAUAUGAGAAGACGAAAAAACAUAGCGCGUUGGAAUUUGAGGAGGAAAACAUAUAAGACGUCUAGCAGUUUUUCGUCUGCGUCAGAGCGCGCACUAAAGAUGCGUUUCCUGUCACAACCAUUCAAGUUGCAUGAAAAAAGACUUCGACAACCACAUUCAGUCAUUUCCUAAGUGGUUGCCAACAGAGCAAUCCGUAUCCAUUAGCCGGCAGCUGGAACUGGCUAUUGACUCCGACGAUUCGUAAAAUUCCGGAUGUCGACUGGCGGCUCCGGAUGGUAAAAGGUUCUAGCCUUGGAAUAGUGCACCUUCCUUACGAAGCCGCUUGGCGGAUUCAUUUAGAAACGAUGCCGAUUUUUGUCUUUACCCAUUACUAGUUUUUUUUACAAUAACAUGAGAUCUUUACAUGGUAUUACAAGACGCUCGAUCCUCCUCUCACUCUUGUUGGCCUGAUUGGUUUAAUCCGAUGAUAGUUCUACUACAGAUGUACCAAUCGGGUAAAGUAAGGUUCACGCCCAGUAAUCCGCACUUUUGACAACCAAAUUUAUGAUAAGAAAUAGUGUUUGUGUAAAAGCGUUAUUUAGGGACCAAUUCUAAGUGAUAGAAUGUAAGAGGAAGUGUUACUUGUUUAGGUAAUAAAGAUCAUUCGAGUCCAGAAAGUCAAAGCGUACGAAUGAUACAAAAAAAAAUCGGUCAAAAGUACAUUUGAUGAAAAGGAUUAGUAUCUUUCAAUUUUUUUAAA